AUGGCUACUUCUUUGAUCCAUGAUUUAAAUUUCAGUAGGAACGACUGGAAAAUUAAAGUUCGUGUUUCCCGCUUGAUUGAUGUGGUGAACUUCCGCAAACAAAAUAGUUUAAUUAGUUUGGACAUGGUUCUCAUCGACGAAGAGCACUUUCGUCCAAAAUUAACUGAGGAAAAAAUCUACACAAUCAGAUAUUUUUCGGUCCAACCUAAUAAGGAACAAUACCGUAUUGUUGGCGACAACAAGAUAAUGAUACAAUUUUUUCAAAAUACCGUUGUUAGGGCCGUUGGGAAUAUAGAUAAGAUUCCAUUGCAUCAAUUUGAUUGUGUACAAUUACAACACUUGAAUAAGUUUGUUAAAAACUACUCACUUCCUGAUGUCGUUGGUAUGGUUGUGAAUGAAGUUGGAGAUUCUAUCGAAAUAGAAGACCAAUGGGGACAACGAGCCCAAUUAAAAAUUUGGAGCAACGGUUUUGCUGAAUACUCCCAACAAAGAACCCAACUUGGUGAUUCUACUAAGCCUUUUGCUAUAGUUGUUACGUCUACCAUGGUAAAAGAAUUUUUAGGUUUUUCACCGAUUAUCAGCCGGAUUUGGCAGAUAAAAAUGUAG